AUGGCCCGCGGUAUCAUCAAGCACCUGAAGCGCAUGUAUGCGCCCAAGCACUGGAUGCUCGACAAGCUGAGGGGCCGAUGGGCUCCGAAGCCUUCGGCCGGUCCACACAAGCUGCGCGAGUGCAUGCCUCUCAUCGUCAUGCUGCGCCAGCGACUAAAGUAUGCGCUGACCUACCGUGAGGUCAAGAUGAUUGUCAUGCAGCGCUUGAUCAAGGUCGACGGCAAGGUCCGCACCGAUAUGUUCUACCCAGCCGGCUUCAUGGACAUGGUACAGAUUGACAAGACCAAGGAGAACUUCCGGCUCCUCUACAACACCAAGGGGAGGUUUGUCCUUCACAAGGUGGCCAAGGAGGAGGCGCAGUACAAGCUCUGCCGGGUGAAGCGCGUCACGCGCGGCCCGAAGGGCGUUCCCUACGCGCAGACUCACGAUGGCCGAACCAUCCGCUAUCCGGAUCCUGACAUCAAGUCGAAUGACACCAUCCGCCUGGAGUUGGACACAGGGAAGAUCUUGGACCACGUGAAGUUCGAGGUCGGAAACACGGUGAUGUGCAGCGCCGGAAACAACAUUGGCCGCGUGGGCACCAUCACGCAGCGCGAGAGGCAUCCUGGCUCCUUCGAGAUCAUUCACAUCAAGGAUUCCCUCGGCCACGAGUUCAACACUCGGCUGGAGAACGUCUUUGUGAUCGGGAAGGGGAACAAGCCGUGGAUCUCCUUGCCCAAGGGCAAUGGCGUGAAGCUCAGCAUUGUGGAGGACCGAACCCAGCGCAUGAGCAAGUGA